ACCCUGAGUGAGUGAGUGAGGGAGGGAGCUGAGAGCCAGGAGCGGGGGCCAGGAGCCGGAGUGAGAGAGCUGAGAGCCAGGAGCCGGAGUGAGCGAGCUGAGAGCCAGUAGCGGGGGCCAGGAGCCGGAGUGAGGGAGCUGAGAGCCAGGAGCGGGGGCCAGGAGCCGGAGUGAGGGAGCUGAGAGCCAGGCAGUGAAGGUAAUAGAGUGGCACUUGCAGAAAAGGCAGUAUGCUUGUCAGCCAGAGGACUCGACCCCGUUGCAGGGAAGUGAGAGGACCAGACCCUCACUCUGUGGCUGUGAAAGCCAAGUUACCUUCGCGACGACAAACUGAUUAUUUCAAUCUUGAGAUCAGGCGUCAAAAUGAGGUUCGGGACCAGUUGCUGGCCUAUACAAAGGAUAAUAAAUUUGAAUUAAUGAAGAACAAAUGGGUAAAAAACACAGACUAUAAAAUAAUGCACAACACCGUUCAGAGAAAGGUCUACGAGACAAUGGAGGAAUACCGGAUGCAUAUUGAGGAGAGACGAGACAGACUCAAGUCCUUGCUGGAAAAGGAAGAGGUGGAACAGAUCAAGGAAAUGGAGUCUAUGGAGGAAACUACUGUGGAAAGACAAGCCAAAAUGAGGGAAAGAGUCAAGAGUCUGAGAGAAAGAAGAGAGAAUGAAAGAUUGGCCUUAGUUGCCGAGAAGCGUGACCAGCAAUUCAGGGAGCAGUGUGAGGAGCUGCGUUCUCUAAGGUCCAAAAUUACCCAAAAUGAGGUGUGCACAGAGAGAAUGGCUCAGCUCAUACUUAAAGAUGAACUGAAUAGGCAACGCAAGGAAGAGGAUGACCUCUUUGCUGAGCUUUGGGAAAAGGAUCGAAUGGCCAAAGAGAAGCGUGAGGAGAAGGACAGCCAAAGACAAUGGAAACUCAACCGUCAAAUGUCAAAUGUGCUUCAAGCCCAAAGAGCUGCUUCUGAAGCACAGAAGAUAGAGGAAAAGCGGCUUAAAGCUGAGGAAGCUCAGUUACUGGAGGAGCAGCGAUGGUUAAUGAAGAUGGAGGAUGAGCGGGCCUUGCAUGAAAAGCUCCAGAAGCAAGCAAAUGUGAGAAACGUGUUGGACAAAUCCGUCCGUCUAAAGAUGAAGCGUCUUGCUCAGGACCAACAAGAGGAGCUAGCACUUGACAUGAAGAUCAUGGAUCAAAUCAUGCAAGACACUCAUGAUGAUACCAAGGAGAAAAAUCUUAGAAAGCUGGAGCUUCAGAAAGAGCAACAGGUGUACCGGGAAUACCUGGCCCAACAGUUAGAAGAAGAGAAGCGACAGGAGAAGGAAAUGGACAAACUGAUUGAGGCAGAAUUAGAAAAAUCCUGGGCUAAGCGGACAGCACAACUAAGACUGGAGAAAGAGGCCAGAAACCGCCUGAUGAAGGAUGUCUUGGACACACGCCGACUUCAGAUUCAAGAGAAGUUGGAAGGAAAUGCAAUAAAACUGGAAGAACUUGCUCGUGACAAAGAACUUUUGGAAAUGGCCGUUGAAGAACACAAACAGCUCGAAAAGGAAAGAAAUGAAAAGAAAAUAAAGCAAACCCAGAAAUACAGGGAGCAGCUCCUAACCCAGGUGGAUUUCCAGCAGCGCCAGCGAGAUGCUGGGAGAGAGGAAGAACGGAGAGAAUAUGAAGCUGGCCUAGUGGCUGAAAAUGCCUACCAACAGACACUUCGAGAAAUUCUCUCCCGACCAUACAUGGACCAGGGCCAUGUUCAUCCCCUGAGAAAGGCACGCAUCUCCAGCCCAAAGGAUUGGCUUAAUCAAUAAAGCGAAUUCGUGUUUA